AUGGCAACAAAGUGGGGGAAGGGUCCAUGCAAAAACAUAGCUGGCGCUUGGUUCAAUGGGCCGGAGUUUUUGAAAGGUUCCCCAAACGAAUGGCCUCGUGAGAAAACUCAAUUGUUACCCACGGAAGAAGAGUUGCGACCGUGUCACGUACACCGCCAUAUUUCCAUACCCGGAAUGGUGUUCGACCUGCAGCGGUACUCACGUCUGUCACGCCUGAUUGGCUCAGCCGCAUACGUACAUCGCGUUUUCGACACCCGAAAACAAAUGUCGAUCGUGAAAAGACAGAACAGCAGCUAUUUGAGUUCGGAGGAGCUGCUCAAAGGGCAACGGACACUGAUUCGUUUAACGCAAUGGCAAGCGUUUCCAGACGAAAUGGUGCUUCUAACGCACAACCAACAGAACUCGACGGAUAAACAAUUACAGCUUGAAAAAUCAAGUAGCUUGUACAGGUUGUCGCCUAUGCUUGAUACCUUUGGAAUUUUGCGGAUGGAAGGGCGCAUAACAGCCGCCCCCAACGUGACAGAAAGCUCUAAGUUUCCAAUUAUACUCCCCAGAAAACAUAGAUUUACUUAUCUCAUGUUGGAUGAUUACCAUCGCAGAUUUCGCCAUUGCAACCACGAAACAGUCGUGAACGAGGUUCGUCAAAAAUACUACGUGCCGCAACUAAGAGUUGCCGUGAAGCAGGUCGCUAAAGCAUGCCAAUGGUGUAAAGUGUACAAAGUAAAACCCAGCAUCCCCCGAAUGGCACCGUUGCCAGCUGUACGUCUGGCUUCAUUUGAACGACCAUUUACGCAUACCGGUUUGGAUUUAUUCGGACCCUUAGUGGUGAAAAUUGGUAGGAGCAAUGCGAAACGUUGGAUUGCGGUGUUCACCUGCCUUACUAUACGAGCAGUUCAUGGUGAGGUGGUUCACAGCCUCAGCACUAGUUCCUGUAUAAAAAGCAUUCGCAGGUUCGUCGUUCGUCGUGGAUCACCAGCUACUAUUUACUCCGAUAACGGAACGAAUUUUCAGGGAGCAAAUAGAUUAUUGCAGGAGCAGAUGGAAGAGCUAGCCAUUACCUUCACCAGCACUUCAACUAAGUGGAUGUUUAUCCCUCCCGGUACACCCCACAUGGGGGGCGCGUGGGAGCGCAUGGUGCGCUCAAUAAAAAAUGGCAUGAACGCUGCGUACCAGAGUCAUGCAAAAUUGGAUGAUGAACGUUUAGAAACACUGGUGAUGGAAGCAGAAGGUAUAGUGAAUAGUCGCCCGCUCACAUAUCUGCCAAUCGCCUCUGAAGAAAGUGAAGCAUUGACCCCGAAUCAUUUUUUAUUAGGCAGCUCAAAUGGGGCUCACCAGCUAGUGCCUCAAUCAAGAAACAAUGUGGCCAUAUUGCAAAAGUCUUGGAGUCAAACUCAAUUGCACUUGGCCACCUUUUGGAGGAGGUGGGUACGAGAGUAUUUGCCUACUAUUGCUAAGCGAGCGAAAUGGUUUGCGGAGGGAAAACCAAUAACCUCUGGUGACUUGGUUGUUUUGGUAGACGAGGCGAUCAGAAGCACCUGGGAAAGAGGUCGAGUUGUCGAAGUCAUCAGAAGCAGUGAUGGGAGGAUCCGUCAGGCUAUAGUACAAACUGCGAGGGGGUUGAUUCGUAGGGCGGUGAAUAAGCUGGCGGUAUUAGAGGUAGAUGAAAAAUGUAAAACAGACCCAGAGGGUCAGUGUUACGGGGGGGGGGAGGAUGUUGGCUCUGGCGACACUGCUAUGCCAGCUACCAAUAUCUCCGAUAGUGAAGUUGCUACCCAAAACGAAAGUGGAGCUGUCAAGCGGGCGGAAACACGAGACGACAACUAG